UAUAAUUAAUAUAGCGGUAUCACGUGUUUCAGCCAAGCUCAUAGAAGUAAGAAUUGCCGUAAAUGUGAAAUUUUUGCUAUUUUCACAAUGUUUUGGAUAUGUUUCACGCUUCUUAUAGUAAUACCCCUCAUUCUGGUCAUAUUUAUCCUAUUGACGGCCUUUAUAGUAGUUCCAUUUGCGUUCAUCUUUGCGUCAUGGUACAUGCGGAUAUAUGAGCGCAAGCUGCAACGGAGGAAAACGGAUGGAGCCAAUGUGGCAUUUUUUCAUCCAUAUUGCAAUGCGGGCGGGGGAGGGGAACGAGUUUUGUGGGUUGCGAUAAAAGCUCUCUUGGUCAGAUACCCUGAUAUAAACAUAUAUAUCUACACAGUAGAAAUAGCAGAACCCCAGACUAUUCUGGAUAAAGCCCAGAAUCAAUUCAAUGUGAAAGUGGAACCAAGCAGAGUGAACUUUGUCCGUUUAUCUUUAUGCAAGACCAUUGAGGCGAAAUCAUAUCCAUAUUUUACUUUGCUGAUGCAAAGCUUGGGAUCCAUGGUGCUCGGAAUGGAAGCCCUUCUAAAACUCAAUCCCGAUAUCUUCAUAGAUACAACCGGGUUUGCAUUUACUUACCCCAUAUUCCGGUACUUGGCGCAGUGCCCGGUGGGCUGCUAUGUGCACUACCCGACGAUCACAGCGGCGAUGAUGCGCCGCGUCAAACACCGCAUCGUCAGCUACAACAACGCCAGCGUCAUCGCCAGGAACCCCGUCUUUACUUGGAUCAAGUUACUUUAUUAUAAACUGUUUGGAUGGAUGUAUGGUAUUGCUGGGCGCUGCGCACACGUCGUUAUGGUGAACGGCACCUGGACAGAGGACCACAUCAACGAGCUGUGGCGUAUGCCCUUUAGCACACACCGUGUCUAUCCACCUUGCGAGGUAUCCGAGCUAAAACAGCUGCGGUCGCUGGUGAAAGAAUCGGACCCCAUCCGUAUCCUGUCUGUGGCGCAGUUCCGUCCAGAGAAGGACCACCCGCUGAUGCUGCAGGCAAUGUACGAGCUCAGGAACUUGCUAAUCAAGAAUGAGCUGCUGUGGAACAAGAUAAAACUAGUCCUUGUGGGGUCCUGCCGGAACGCUGAAGAUGAAGAACGGGUGAAGAACCUGAAGGACCUCGCGAAGCAUCUGUCUUUGGAAAACAGCGUCGAGUUCGUUGUGAACGCGUCAUACGCGCGGCUGCUGCAGCUCUACCAGACUUCCACCAUCGGCAUUCACGCGAUGUGGAACGAGCACUUUGGGAUUAGCGUGGUGGAGUGCAUGGCGGCGGGGCUGGUGGUGAUCGCGCACCGCUCGGGCGGGCCGCGCCGCGACGUGGUGGAGACGGCGCCCGCGUCGCGCACCGGCUUCCUGGCCGCCGAGCCCGACGAGUACGCGCGCGCCGUGCUGGAGGUGCUGGCGCUGGAGCCCGCGGAGCGCCGCCGCAUCGUCUCCGCCGCCAGAGCGUCUGUGGACCGUUUUUCCACGACGGAGUUCGAGAAGGCAUUCCUUCGCGCGGCUGAACCACUGUUCAAAACACCUUGAGUAAUGUUAUCAAUUAACUUAAAAUAUACAAGAUGCUUCUUUUAAAAACUACACGAAUACUAAGAUGAAUUAAAGAUAGCUGAAAGAGAGUUAAGAUAUGGACCUUGAACGGCACAAAAGGACUCUUGAGGUUGGAUCACAUUUAAUAGCACGCUUUAUUAACACCGCGUCUUUAUUCAACUCUCUUCUAGCAGCCGUAUUUGACAUUUAUGUUGUAACUGUGUGAGAAUUACGAUGUUACUAAAAUAUGUCCCUUAUUUGUAGGUAAGCAAAUUACAUUGUGGAAACCAUAGAACAAUAAAUAUAGUAGAAGUGCUUAGUUAGCGUCUGACGUGUGCCAAUUAUAGGUCUCGAAAAACUUAUCUGAGCUCAGUCUGCCAUUUUCGUUUUGUAUGGUAUGGUUGUGUCAUACUUUCGUGCAAAUUCUCUAAAAUCCUUAUUGUGCUGUUGGAGUGUAAAAAUGAUUGCCGCACCAAAAGUAUUACCCAUGUUGGUAUUUCAUGUCAUCGGAAACUCUUAUCUUAUUUUAACUGUGUAUAUUUUUUCCGAAAUAUUUUUUUUUUGUUACAAGAAACGGAAGUAAAGCUUACCCCCGCAAUAUGGUCGCUUCUUGUUUGGAGAACUAAAUUAAUAACUUCAAUUCGUCGUCGUUCAGCAAUGAACCGCUAGAUGGCAGCACAUUGAUUGAAAUUUCAAUAUAAUAUCAAAACGUCGUAACUUGCAAUAAUAGGUAUCGAUGGUAUAGAACUUUCAGCGAUAUGUCAAUAGGGUAAAGUUUAAAUUAUAUUAACAAUCCAGAAUUUAUUAGUUCUUUUUAAAUCUUAAUUUGAAACUACGUCCAAUCAAUAUCAAGAUUGUGUAGUGUUGCAAAUUAACAAUGUGUGAGUUUUGGCGACAUCGGUUCUGUUACUAAUCGAGGCGUAAGUCACUUCUAUUGUUUUUUUUCUUCUGUGGUGGAAACCGUCACGUUCAUUAAACUACUAUUCAUUCGUCAGGCAGAUUCUAAGGGUUGCUCUUUGUAAAUAGACUCUAUACAUUUCUUAUGUGCAAUAUUUACUUCAAUUUGAAUAAAUGUCAUGUGUGCGGCUGUGACGUAUGUAAAAGGAUUCACUCAACUAAUGUCACAUCCGAAUAAAGACGAUGACGCUGAUUUUCAGUGUAUAUUAUGUAAAUGGCCGUGAUAGCCUAAUAGUUCGACCUACUGCCUCUCAAGCAGAGGGUCGUGGGUUCGAAUCCGGGCUCGCACCUCUGAGUUUCUAGGA